AUGGCCUUCAUGGAAAGCUUACUCUCUAAGAAGAAGGUCUUUCAGGGAGAUGAAACUGUAGUCUUGACCAAGGAGUAUAGUCCACUGAUUCAGAAGAAGUUGACCAAGAAGAUGCCAGACCCUGGAAACUUCUUGAUUCCCUGUACCAUUGGGAAUAUCACUUUUGAGAAAGUACUGUGUGAUCUUGGUUCAAGCAUAAAUCUGAUGCCUCUGUCCGUAAUGAAGAAGCUGGGAAUCCAUGAAGCACAGGCAAAAAGGAUAACCUUGCAAAUAGCUGACAAGUUUCUGAAGCAGGCAUAUAGGCUAGUGGAGAAUGUACUGGUCAAGGUUGGAGAGCUAUUCCUCCCUGCAGAUUUUGUGAUACUUGACAUGGGAGAGGAUACAGAUGACUGCAUCAUCCUAGGAAGGCCAUUCCUAGCCACUGGAGCCCUAAUUGAUGUAGAUAGAGGCAAACUGGUGCUGAGUUACAUGAGGAUUGGAUGGUUUUCAAGGUUUUCAAACCUCCACCACUCUCUGACAAAGGAGGUACUUGCAUACAGAGUGCACUGCUAA